AUGAAACUCCCGUACAUUUCGAUACUUCUUGCCUUUACCGGCGUCAUCGUCAGGGCGAUAUCUCCUCAAGCCGGCGAUCGAAAUGUCGAGCGUUGCGUCGAAAAACUCAUCGCGUCGACAUUUGAAACCUCCCACAAAAUCGCUACGAAUAUCGAUAUCAGAACGCGAAGCCAUAUAAAAAUAGCAAUCGACUUGGAGACCACCUCUGACGCUUUUUCCACGAUCGACACUUCUUACGCGUUCGAUCUCAGACAUACGACGUCCGAUGCGUUUCUGCGGAUGGUGGAAAGUAAUCGGUUUAACGUAGCCGGUACUUUUAUAGUAGUCUCAAAUCAGAAGCGGGAUGAUUUUUUCAGAAAGAUCAGCCGGUAUUUCGUUUACAAGUUGUUCGUGGUGGAUUCGCAUCUCGACGUGUAUACUUAUUGGCCGUACGCUCGGGAAAGCGUCGAUAGACCGGAAAUCACCCCGAAAAAGAUGUGCCGUUGUGACGACGUUGAAGAGUACGCGAUGCGAGAAUCAUCUUCGUCGACGUCCAAAUGCUUUAUUGCAGCUACGUUGCCGCAACUAUGGAGGAACACCACGCUAAAGAUUUAUUUCAAACAUGUGAGACCGUUCGUGAGGACAGACUACCAGGGUAUGGAACAGCACGUGCUGAAAAUGAUCUCCCGCCACACGGGUAUGCGGAUAGAAUCGGUGUUGAGGGAAUUCGAGCAUCAAGGACCGAAAGAUCACCGCACCGGCCUGUAUGAAGACGACAGUAUGAAUUCGCUACUAAACCGAACCUACGACGUGCUGUCUGGGUGCUAUUAUGCCACCUACGAAACUGCAAACGACUUCCAAGGUUCGUACGUAUGGUACAUCGACGCUUACCAUCUGGUGUCGCCAAGCGCCACCUACCAGACCACUUGGAAGCGAAUCUGCAACAUAUUUCGGCCGAAAACCGUCGCCGUACUGACAAUGUCAAUUUUAGCGGUGAUGAUCGUGGUCAAAAUUUUCUACCUCACCUCGUGGAUCACUCUGAUCACAUGGUUUUAUCAGUGCUUGAUAGAAGUCGGCGCGGUGGGUAUGUUGGACAAGUGCACGUUCCGUCUAAUCAUGGUUUCCUACCUGCUGGUAUGCAUAUUGCUGUCGACCAUACUGAAGAACAGCUUGUUUAUAAUUUUCUUCACCGAAACCCCCGAGGUCGAGAUCAACCACCUGAUCCAAGCCCUCAAGCUGAAUAUGACGCCUCUGAUGCCGCCAGUGCUGAAGCGACUGUUCGAGACCAACGGGAAACCUUGGGAACGGAUGCUUCUACCCAGGGUUGAAAUUUGCAAAGACGUGAUGCCUUGUCUUAGGAGGGUGGCGCAGCGAAGAGACGCGGUGACAGCUUACGGCUCCAUACCGAUCGUGUACGCCAGGCUGGAGCACUUUUUAGAUCCAGUCACCAGCAAUUACAUUUUGCAUAUCGGUUUGCCGAUACUUCAGAGCUACUACCAGUUCAUGUUCACCAAGGGGUAUCCCGCUUUCGAGAGGCUCAACAUGGUGAUUUAUCACGCGGUCGCGUCGGGCGUCGUCGAUUACGAGAGACGAGACGUUAUCAGGAAGGUGCUCCUCAUGGAGAGCAGGAUGAACGUGGUGCAGUCGAAGGUUAUAGGCUUGGAGCAGUUGAGUUUCGUGUUUUGGUUUUGGGUAGGCGGGAUGGUAGUCGCCACUGUGGUGUUCCUCAUCGAGAUUUUAGGUCCAAUUUUGCGUAACAUGUACAAUGUGCUAUAGAAAUUGCGAUGCUGUCCAACUUUCACAAAAAAAAAACAGGCUUUACAUUUUCAAAGAACUAAUUUAUUAUAAGAAGACCUUUUCUUUCGAGAAAUCAAUCUGAGA